GCGCGGCGGCCGCGGGCCGGCGCUGCUCUCGGCAGCGGCGGGAGCCGCUCGGUUGCUCUUUCACGGCCCUGCCGUGGGACGGGAGCCGGCUGUGCUCCCUGUCCCCGGGCGAGCGGGCUGUGCUCCCGGUCCCCGGGCGAGCGGGCUGUGCCCCCCACCCCGCAGGGAGCCAUGAGUGUUUCUCUUGUAGAAGUAAACAGGGCCUUGGAGUGGGAAGCUUCCUGAAUAAAUACUGCAGCUGACAGACUUAACAUAAAGCCUAGAAGAGCUGCAAAUGCUGCCCUGUGGAGAACCCACGACUUGUGGUAGCACCAGGUGAAUCUCAGCACUGACAGAUCAGUAGGUGACAACAAGGAACACGUGUGGAAGCCACGAUGACACGCCUCACCCAUCUACUGCUCAGGAAGUUGUUGAGCUUCCCACCUCAGCAUGUGCCAGGGCGAUUGACUCCGAGCAAGGGUGCUGUCCUCAGUCCAAAGCAGUUGUCUCUGAGGCAGAGCUGCAGUGCAAGACCUGGGCUCGUGACUGCCACUGAUAUGGUCAACUACUGGCAGAAGGUGUUUGAGACAAAUGGGAUCCCUGAAGCACGAGAAUCUAGUCAAUAUAUUGUGUCAUUUGUCCUGGGAGCAAAAACAUUUCAGAGCCUGGAUUCCAAAAGUCUCUACACUCCACUUACAGCAGUGCAGCAGGAGCAAAUCCAGCAGCUGAGCCACAAGCGGCUACAAAGGAUGCCAGUGCAGUACGUGCUUGGAGAGUGGGACUUCCAGGACCUGACCCUGAAGAUGAGACCCCCAGUAUUUAUUCCACGGCCUGAAACAGAGGAUCUUGUCUCUUUUGUUGUGGAGGAAGAAUUUCAGAGAUGUGAGAAUUCAGCCCUAUGUUUCCCAGUUCCUGUUCCUCAUCCUGUGAUCCUGGAAAUAGGCUGUGGCUCUGGAGCAAUUGCUCUGAGUCUGCUCUGCAAACUGCCUCAGAGCAGAGUCAUAGCCAUGGAUAAAGAGGAGGCUGCUGUGGAUCUCACCAGGGAGAAUGCACACAGGCUGCAACUCCAAGAAAGGAUUCACGUCAUCCACCAAAAUGUUUCACACAGUUCUGCCAAACAGCUGCUGCUCUGGGGCCCCAUAGAUGUCAUAGUCAGUAACCCCCCAUAUGUUUUCCAUGAAGACAUGGCUUCCUUGGAUGCAGAAAUCCUCCGCUAUGAGGACCUUGAUGCACUGGAUGGGGGAGAUGAUGGCAUGAGAGUCAUCAAAACAAUUCUGGCUUUGGCUCCUUCUCUUCUGAAGGUUUCUGGGAGUGUAUUUCUGGAAGUUGAUCCCAGGCAUCCAGAUAUGGUGGAGCACUGGCUACAGGCACACCCAGACUUACUGCUCACCCUCCGUGCCAUUCACAAGGACUUCUGUGGCAAGCCUAGGUUUCUGCACAUCCAGAAACAAAGCAGCUGACAAGUGUGUCAGAAACAGCUCUCCUUGCAGGAUGCUUUUUGCUCUUGAGCCUGGCUAAACAGCUUGUUGAAAACUUCUUCUGCCUUGUGAAAAGAAUCUCCAUUCCCCAGAGUGCUGGACUCUCCAUGCAGUGACAGACCCCUCAUUUCCUGACACAAAUUUCAUCCAGAGAUGCAGAAGUUCAGCUGAGCGUGUGGAAGUGUUUCACCUUCCUCAGGGAACUGCAUGAAACAUUUUGGUCUGUUCUGCUAAAGUGACUCAAUCAUCUCAGGACCCAAGACAGAAGAGUUCACAGCUCCAGAUUAAAAAUACAGCUUCUCAACGUGCCAGAUCACCCAUUUGGCCUAGAAAGAAUUUAAUUUUUUUUUUUAAUUGGCCUUGAGAUGCAUUUAUAUAGAAUGUGGCCAGAUGGGAUGAUGAAUCCAAACUCUGGCUUAUGUUGGCACAGGGAUUUGCAGGUAUAACAGGACAUAACUGAUGUGCACAUUUCAAAUGCAGUUCUGUUCCAGGAUCCUGGUGCUCCAAUAGCAAACAGCCUUUGUUUCCCACUCCUGCUGAGUGAUUGUCACUGAAGGAUCAGUGCACAUGUUACAGAACCUGAAUUUACAGCCCUUGACACUUGGUGGAUGCUGCCAGAAGCAGUCACAGCAUUGUAAUAAAGAUAGUGCUUCAGAUCAGGCUCCUUAAAAGAAUUGCACUGCAGUUAUUCAGAGAUGCUGGCAGACCUGAAUAAACAUCUGGCACCCACACAUUGCUCUGAUAGUAAUAGAAAUGUCUACGUUCCAUGUGAGGCAUUUAAUUGCAAGACUUUACAGAGAAGGCCAGAGUCACUACUCCAGUUUCGCAGACGGAGAAGUUGAAAAACGGGAGGUGAAAUGACAUGUACAAAAUUGGACAGUACUGGAGUACGACCCAGUCUCUUGACAGGCGUGGGGAUAGCUGAUGUCUGUCUCUUUGGGAAGGAUGACUCAGACUAGGGCUACCGGAAACAGCACUGAGAGAAGUGCCUGAAGUGGACAGUCAGCAUCAUGUCAGUAUAAAUAAUGGCAGGAUUAAAUUCAA